AUGGUGACGUAUUUGUUACUGGAAGCCUCCACACAUUCCAAUCUGUUGGAUUUGAUUCACUUUUGUGCAGAAAAGUCGCUGAAAUUCACCGUCGCAACAGAAUUACGCCAAUUGUUCUCAUGUGACUGUAUGCAUAUGGAUAAAAAUCGUACAGCAGCAGAGACAAGUUCUUCUGCUAAUAACCAUUUUGUAAUAAAUGAUGAUGCAGAACAACCGGAAUCUAUUUCCUCUCAUCCAAGUCCAUCCUCGGUGCCUGCUGCGGUACUCUUAGAAGAAGCAAUUUCUUCUACAAGCCAUGUAAAACAAGAAACUCGCGAAGAAUUGGAAAGUUGGGAAAAUGAGCCCACUAUAAGUUCUGAAACAAAUGCCAGUCUCAUAGCAUCUGAAGCGCCUUUAGAGGAGAGGGUGACACAUCUUGAAAAUAUCGUGCAAAACAUGGAAACUAGGAUUUUGAACCUGGAGCAUCCAGCUCUGGCUGCAAGCUCGAAAAAACCUUUGUUUGGCAACAAGGCAGUAAAAAGCUCACCACGAUAUCGUUUCAAUUCACCAGGGCCAAGAUUCAAAGAUUUGGAUCUUGUGUUUGAGUACAAUACUUGGCGCACAUUCGUCCCACAGCUUUUCCUCAUGAAUGAAGAGAAAAAACUGAACUCCUUUAUCAAACAUAUCUUCUCAAGAGUUGUUAAUAACGAAUCAGACGAAAUGCUGUUCAUUACAAAACGAGAAGGCGAGGUUAAUAAUUUGGCGCGAAUUCCAAAUGAACUACGCCAAGUCCUAAGAGAUUUCAUUGUUGAUGUGUACGAUCCACCUGAUAGACCUACACUUGAAGCUGUCGUACUGAAAUGCAUGAAAACAGUGGCGAAGCGGAAACUCCCUGGACAGCUGCCAGAGGCAUACCAGCCUGCUUCGACUACUGUGAAACAAGAAGAUGGUCCUUGCAGCUCAUUAGUUGAUGCUGAAGAAAAAAAUAAAGAGGAAUUUUUGAAAAUGCAUCCACUAAUCUCAGCGCAAUACAUAUCCGUCUUAUGCGUCCCAAAACAUGUUACUUACUGUGACGAUUUGACUCGCUGUUGGGUGGGAAGACAAGACCAGCCUGGCGGGUUUGAAGCCCAAAACUAG